CGGAGCCGUCUUCGCUCUUUGGAGGCAGCCCGGAGCCAUCGGCGCGGCGCCCAGCCUCCCUCAGUCGGGGUGGCGUCCGCAGGCUCCGCGCUCAGUCUAGCUCGGGGGGCGCUCGACGGCGGCGCGAUGGGGUUCCAGCGCUGCUGCGGGCGGCGGCCCCGAUCCCCAGACCGCUUCCUCCUCCACCUCCAGCUCCUCUAACGGCAGGUGCCGCGGCGGGGGCUUCCCCCCCGAGCCAUGUACGCCAAGGGCAAGGGCUCCAGCGUGCCCUCCGACGGACAAGCGCGCGAGAAGUUGGCACUGUAUGUGUACGAAUAUCUCCUUCAUGUCGGGGCUCAGAAAUCUGCACAGACCUUCCUCUCAGAGAGCUCUGCAGCUACGACCAGUCCUGUGAUGGCGAAUCUGCCGCCCAGUGAUGCCAUCCCCAGCGGACCUAUGUUGUCGGGCUUUUUUCAGGGACCACCUGGCUCCCAGCCAUCCCUACAUGCUCAAGCUCCCAUGCACAAUCCCAAUGCGGCAAUGAUGGGACCCCAUAAUCAGCCAUUCAUGCCUUCGCGUUUCCCUGGUGGGCUCCGUCCUUCCGUUCGAAUGCCAAGCCAGCCAUCUAUGGGUGUGUCUGGCCAACCUCUGAUGUCCAGUGCAAUGGAUCCGGCAAUCCGAUCACAAGUAGGGCAUCCUAACAUGGGCCCGAUGCAGCGCAUGACCCCACCACGGGGUAUGACAGGAAUGGCUCCACAGAAUUAUGGUGGUGGCAUAAGACCUCCUCCAGGGUCCCUGGUAUGCCCUGGUAUGCCCACAAUGAACAUAGCUCCGGGUGUUCGAGGAUCCUGGCCAAACAUAAACUCAAACUCGGUAUCCUAUUCCUCCUCUUCUCCUGGCAGCUAUGGGGGUGGUGGAGGCCCCCCUGGUACCCCUCUCAUGCCAAGCCCUGGAGGUAAGUAUCCUGCGAAUGAAGGUAAAUAUACAUGUCCCGGGAUAAUGUUGGAGGAUCCAAUCUGAGUCAGUCAGCGAGACCAAA